UUAGCAUUUACUAUUAUAAUUCUGGAUAUUCUUGUUAUAAGUGUCCAAUCUCUUUUUGAAUCUUGCUAAUUUCUUGGCUUCAAGGGCAUCCUGUGACAAUGAGUUCUGCAGUCUAAUUUACGGCUUGUGUGAAAAAGUAUUUCCUUUUAUCAGCUUUGAAUUUGCUGCCUUUCAAUUUCAUUGAUUGUUCCCUUGUUCUUGUUUUAUGAGAUGGGGCAACAGACAUUCUGAAUCCAAUUUCUCUAUACCACUUGUUAUUUUGUAUAUUUUUCAUUCCUCUCUCCCUUUCUGCUGAUGCUUGCAAACAGCUCAUCUUUGGGAUUAUGACAUCCUUUCAAGUGAGAUUAUGAUGUAGAGAGUUAAAAAUAAGUAGCACAGAUGGUUGAGAUUCAGCAGAGCCCUGAUGCCAUUGCAGUGAAUGUUCAUUUCUCAAGAGCAGAUACCACAAUUCUUGAGAAUGACAGUUUGCAGAUUUCACAGGAAACACAAGAGACUAAAGAACUAGAGGAGGAUGCUCUACCUGUACACGUCACAGAUCGGAUAUUUUUUAUUGAUUUAGCCAAUAAGCAACAGACAACUAUCCCUUUACAAAUCUUUGAACUGGAAGAUCUGGAAGAAUUGCACUUGGAAAAAAACUUAAUUGAAAACAUCCCAGGUGAUAUCCAUCGUCUUAAGAAGGUGAAAGUUCUCUAUCUGAAUAAGAACUACAUACACAACGUAUGUGAAGAACUUGGGGAGCUGAAAUAUCUUCAGAGCUUAGAUUUAAGUAGCAAUCCACUCUCUUACAGUUCGCUGCAUAUAAUCAGCAAACUGCAGGCUCUCCGUCAGCUCAGGCUCUAUGAUGUAAACUUGGAUGAGUUCCCAGUGGAGAUCUGUAAAUGCCUCCAUCAUGUUGAGCUGCUUGGACUCUCUGGCAAUAAUCUAAGGUAUCUGCCUAAAGAAGUAGUGAAUCUGAGACAACUUAAAGAGAUCUACCUGCAAAAAAACAGAUUUGAAAGCUUUCCCCUGGAGCUUUGUCACCUUCUUAACCUGGAAAUACUAGAUCUGGAACAAAAUCGAGUGAGUUUUGUCCCAGAAGAGAUUGUAUCUUUAACAAACUUAGUGAAACUAUUUUUAGCUUUCAAUAACCUGUUAUCAGUCCCUGAUACAUUGCAUCACUGCCGGAGACUGACUGUGCUUGAUUUGUCUAAUAACCUCCUGCGUAGGCUCCCUCCUAGCUUCAAGCAGCUCACAGAAAUGAACGAGCUUGGUCUGUCUGGUAACAACUUGGAAAAGUUUCCACGUCAGAUUUGCCACUGGAUGUCCCUUUGCCUCAUUUAUUUGAAAAACACUGGCUUGCAAAUGCUACCAUCUUCCUUUACCAGAUUAACCUGUAUCAAGAUAUUAGAUCUCAGUGAAAAUUUCUUUGAUGAAUUCCCUAAAGAGAUUUGUGCUAUGGAAAAUCUGGAAAUAUUGUCACUGGAUGACAAUCAAAUACGUGAGAUACCUCCAGAGGUGACGGGACUCUCUAACUUAAAAUGCCUUGGUCUGACUGGAAACAGAUUCAGUGUCUUUCCAGAGGAAGUUUUUCUCCUUCAGUCAUUAGAGAAAUUAUAUCUGGGACAAGAUAAAGGGAUCAAAUUCAUGACUCUUCCAAGAGACAUCAGCAAACUGCAGAAUCUGAAAGAGCUGUACCUAGAGAACAAUUGUCUGGAGUACCUGCCACCUUCCAUCGGCUUGCUGAGCAACCUAGAAAUAGUUGACUGUCACAACAACCUCCUUAAAGAACUCCCAGACUCCAUAUGUCAAGUACAAGGUUUGCAAAGGUUGCUUGUUCAGAACAAUCAGUUGUUCCAACUCCCAGAAAACUUGGACAAUCUUCAGAAGUUGCAGCUUGUCCUGCUGGAUGGGAACCCUAUGACAGACCCCCCAGUUGAGGUGUGCAGCCAGGGGAACUUGGCUAUCUGGGAGUAUUUACGGGAAAAGAGGCAUCAAAAGGCCAAGGCUACAAAGAUCCAGGCUUGGUGGCGUGGGCAGAUGGUGCAGAAGGGGCUUGGAAUUUUUGCUGAGCUUCAAAAACUGUUAAAGAAAGGAAAGAAAGAUAAGAAAGGAAAAGAAAAGGGGAAAGAAAAGCCUGGCAAAGGUGCAAAGGGCAAAAAGUAGUAAUUCCAUAUGAUUUUUACAUCAAACUGUUUAUAGCUCUUGCACAUUGGGAGGGCAGAUAUAGGGAGAGGCAAGAAAGUAAGGGACAGUUAAUAGUAAAAUGUCCAGAAUACUGAACAUUAGAAUUAAAAAAAUAACAUAGGUGCUUUAUGGCCAGUUUUGUGCAUGUGUCAAAAUGACUCCAGUUAAAUGAGGUUAGACGGUAAAAUAAUGUAUAUGAUUGCAAAGCACAAGGGUAAUUGAUUAACUGGAAGUGAAUUGUAUCUGUGGAGCUCUGUGCUGACUAAAAUCUUUAAAAUUCAUGUCUUCUGUAAUGAGAA